AUACCCAAGCAUGAGUACUCAAAGUCGUACUCAGAGUACUUGUUACUCACUCAUGAGUACUCAGGUGAGUACUCAGUGAGUAAAAAAAUGUAUGAGUAUGUAUGAGUACUCGUCCGGUUUUUCUAGCGGAGUACUUUUUGAGUACUCACACUUGAGUACAUUCACUAGGGCCAUUUCAUGUUUUCUUUUUGAUGAUCUAUUAGAAUUACUGAGUGUUACUAAUCACUGGUGGAUUUACGAUGAGUACGGUCGAACCCAUCGGGAGUGGGAAGGAGGUUGAUCGCACCAACUUCAUCUAAUGAAUCUAUUACAUUAUUUUUGGUCGAGAUAAGUUAGACGUCAAGACUGAGAGUAAAAUUACAUUGGAACUUUACAGUGAUUGCCGACUUUUGUGCCUAAUUUUCUUCACUUUGGCAUCUAACUUAUAUCGAUCAUUAUUUUCACCGAUGCUCAUGUGGUAUACCGCAAUAAAAGAUACAAACUAAACGAUACUUUCCCUUAUAUAUGAAUACGGGCGUUGUACUGUAUAAACUCUGUUUCUCACUGGUCUUCUUCCAAUCUCAUGUCUUUAAACGUUUCUAAAUGUUCUUGGCGUCCUUUCUCUUUCAACCUCUUUUCGUAUGUUUAUAAUCAAUUGUAUCUCAAUAGUGCUCCUCUCUCGGUUGUGUCUUCUGUUUGUUGUCUUGGUGUUCUUGUUUCGCAUGAUCUUAGGUGUAAUGGUCAUGCCAAGGAUAUUGCUCUUGCUUGUCGGCGCAAGCCUGAAGCAUUGAAUCAUGUCUUUGGAUUAGCUCCAACUGAAGUUUGA